AUGGAGCAGUGGUGGUGGAGGUGUCGUGGCGCGGUGCUCCUGUCGGGGCUGCUACGACGACUGCUGUCUCGUGGGUUCCAUUCUGUUGGCCUGGUCGUCGUCCCGCUUUGGCCUUUAACCCAGUGAGAGACGUGGUCCUCCUGUAUGAAAGAGAGAAAAGAUUCCUGGGGACUUCUGCCUGGUAUCAGUUCGAAUCUCGAAUUUAUCGAGUGAUUGAUAAUAUACCCUUAGUGCUCCCAUGACAAGGAAGAACUCGGCAGUGUUUUCGUUAAGCUCCUCCAGGAGGUUGAAUAUAUUUUAUAGUGUUUAUAUAUUGUUGCCCCGAUGAUGUACCUGACUGUAGUUUGUUGACAUUAGGAUAACCAAAGACAUUGUAUAAUUUUUAUAGUGGAUUUUAGUGUAUCUGUAGAUGAUGGUGGUACACUCCAGAUAACAAGAUUUUCCGUGAAUAAAGUGGAAUAUAUAAUUUAGAAACUCUGUGUAAAAAAAAGUGUUAUUUGUUGUGAAGCGUGUCACAAAUUUUGUGAAAAUGUUGACAAUGCAAGCCAUGAUCCACCACCAGGAGGCUGGGGCGGUGCUGCGAAAGCCAGACAAAACCUCUAACCGCCCCACUUCCAGCAAUAACAGUAAAGGUAAAAAUAAACGAAAAAGUGGUAAGAAAAAGAAAGAUGCCUCUACUGGUGGAGAUGACAUUAUAGGGGAUAUCUUUGCUGAUCUCCCUCCAUCGUGUGGAGAGAAAGUCCUAAAUACUCAGGUAGUAGCGCGAGAAUGGCUCCUUUUGAAAAACACUGAAGUGCCAGACAUUCCAAGGGAUCCACCACCUUUGAGUGGUUUUGAAAGAGGCUCUGGUGCUAGACAAUCAAGGGACGAGUCGUCUAUUCCAACACCCAGUCUUGUCCCCAUUCGGAAAAGAGAGCCUAGGGUAAGGAAACUGUCCAAAUCAAAGGAUGCCAACGGUAAUGUUAAAGUCUCAAAAGAUCACCAAACCAGUCUUGAAGAUGGCAGGGGUGAUGGUGAUAUACCUUAUAAAGUCAUAAAGCCACUAAAUUCAGAAAAUAGGGAAACAAAGGUGCCUCAACCAAGAUCAUCAUCAUUUCCAAGUGAUGUAAUGUCCAGUAAAGGUGAUGAAACUGUAAAUGGGACUUUGACCAGAGACAGCCAUACACAGGAAAAAAAUAAAGCACCUGAUAGUCCUCCCAGAAAAACCUCACACCAUGGAUUUUCUGAAAGUAGUGACAGAAGAGACAGAAAAAGUGAUAGUAGUAAAGGAGGUACCAGCGUAAAACGGCACAGCAGUAGUCGGAGCACUGGAUCAGAAGGAAGUACCCUGCGUCGGUUAAGGCGCCGAGGAACAAAUCAUUCUACUACAGCAACUCAGACUCCUCCAGGCUCUCACACGGAAUUAAAUAAUUGCACAGUACCAGCAGAUAAUAAGGAUAACAAACGUACAUCAUCCAAGAGUCAUGAAGGACAUUCAGGGGAUCAUCGGGGCCAUGAGGACACAACCUUUUUGGAUUUUGCUGGUGGCAUUCCAGGAGCUUCUCUUCUGCUGAAGUUGGUUAUGCCGCGGGACAAACGUUCUAGUAGACACUCUGGUGGGACUCCUGCCCAAGACACCCCAACACCUGCUCCAGCACCCCCUCCAACGAAGACUCAGAAUUCUCCACCCUUACCCUGGUUUUGGCCUCCUCUUCGUCAUGUGGAAGGGAUCAGCACAGCCCAACCCACAGUUAUAAGAGGUCCACCAGCACCACAAUUGUCUAGUAACAAUUUCCAUGGUAUAAUUGCUGGUGGUGGUGAAGGAGAAGCUAUGGGUGUAAUACCUCCAUUAUUAAAUGGGAGGGUGCCAUUUCCACCUAGGGCAGCUCCACCAGUGCCUAGUCAUAUACAAGGGGAUCAGAUGAGUGUUUCUAGUUUUAGUAGCAGUCUUGCUGGUCACACGUAUGAGCAGGUAAAUUUUAUCAUAGAACCUCCUAUCUCAGAAUCUAAAGAAAAUGAAUAUGAGCAAAGAAAAAAUAGUGGAGUAGGCUAUAUCCAGUUUGUUAGCACCAAAGAGGAAUCUAAAUAUAAAGAGUCUGGUAGUCUUCGUCACCAACCAAAUGAAACACAUUGGCAGGAGAAAGGAGGAACAAGAAGAGUACCAUCACGUAGAAAGAGGAAAAAAUCACGAUGUGCAGCUACAGAAACUGAUGAUACCUUUGAAAUCUCUGAUAUUGCCUUCCCUGAUAUGUCAGUCUUACAGAAAGAUGCAUCAAAAGAACUUUACAGACGUCUUUCUCAUGAUGAAGGGGAGAAUCGACAAAUUGUUACUGACGUACAACCUCAUUUUAGAAGAAGCUCUCUUAGUACAUAUGAGGAACGUCAUUCUUCAACAACUUACAGCAGUAGUAGCAGUGGAAUGGGUAGUAAGCAUAUUGUGACUGUAGAGAGACAUAUUCCAUUUAUAGCCGAGACCAACUUAGAAUUACGGUCACGGUCACAGUCAGCAACUCCACCAAUGUGUCAUAUUCCAAAUCCUUUUGAGAAUAGUAGACGACUUGCACGUUCUGUUACCCCUGAGUCAACUGCAACAAGGGAUGCAGCAUUGAUACAUCAACUUCUAAAUUAUGCCAAUCAGGAUAAAGCUCAGUCUUCAUCUUUUGAGGAUAGCCCUGGGAUGAAGAACAGCCCACGACGUCAUGGUCUUUAUGUACCUAUUGACCAUGAAUCAGACACAGGUAUAACAUCCGAGCCUGAAGGAAAUAGAGAGCCUCCACCAGUUACAUCUUCUACCCCUCCCAAAUUAAGGACAGCUAGACAAGGAACAAGUGGUCCACCAUUCUCGUGGGACAAGCGAGAUCAAUGGCUGUGCCCAAUUCAUGGAACAGCCUUCCCAUACCAAGCAGGGAUGUCACCAGCAAUUCAAAGGAGACGUCUCAGACGAGCAUCACUACCUGUUCCAGUUGCCCCAGAACCCCGACCUUCUCUCCUACAGCGUUUAAGACGAUCAUUCAGAAGAAGUAGGCAUGCUGAGCCUCUCAUAGCAGAAUUGCCUAUUCUAGCAGAUUUAGAGCCUCGUGCUGACACCUUGCCCCCUCUCUUAUCAGAAGAGCUCAGAUUAGCUCAGGGUCUGAAAUGCUGCUGCCCUCAGCCAGUGAUUGACUUCCGACGAUUUCGGCCUCGGGUCGCGUCAGUUGCCACAGUAGAAAGCUCCACUGGUGAACAUAUUGUUCCUGAAUCGCGUCAGAAUGCAAGCCCUGAUCCUUUACCUGGGUGCGAUAUGAUCAUGCUGAGUAGUGACGAAGAGGAUCCCUUACGUGUUCCAGAGCCAGGGACAAGAGUACUGGUGGUGACAAGUGAUGAAGAUAACACGUCACCUCCACGUCCAGGGUCACGUAUACUGCUGGUCAGUAGUGAUGACGAGAGCAGGUGCUCUCCCCUGCGUCCAAGUUCAGGAGUUGUGUUAUUUAGCAGUGAUGAAGAGGAUACUACCCUACGACCUCCAACACCUCAGGAUGGUUGUGAACGUUGGCGAGUGGAGGGCGAGGUGUGUCGCCUUCAGGAAGCGUUGGGCCAGCGUCUUGGGACGCCCAAUAUGAUGGUAAGGAGGAGAGAGCAUCGCCUGCACACCAUAAACACUAUCGAGAAGACAAUCCAGAGACUUCAACAAGACACCCUACGCAACCAAAACAACCACAACCUCCAACAGCAGCAACAACAGGAAGACCAAGAAGACGACGAGGAAGAUCUUGAGACAAGCUCACCUAUGCCGCGCCCCACUGACAUAAUGGAUGCUGUAAACGCCAAUCAGGUCCGGGAUGAUGAUGCAACAACAGAGGACGUCAGUGAGAUCCGAGAAAUGGACUCCCUCCAGUCGGAUACUCUCACCCUGCAUUCAAGUGAUGGAGGACCUGGCCAGACCAGGAGCAGGCCUUCCCUCUUAGCGCAGGAUUCUAGCAACUUAGACUCACCACCAGAUACUCUCUUGCAGCAUCAGAUAGCACCAGGAAAGAUGCCCCCAGCCAUUGAAGCUGUGUUGCGUGGGACCUGGCCCUUCGAGAAGGCCCUGUGGCACUCCAGUCCUGCAACUAUGGGCAUGCAUUACAAAAAUGGCAAUCAGGAGGUCCCAGGAAUCAUGGCAACAUCAAGUGUAACCAACAGACGAGCUCAGAGUACACAGCAACUUUUAACAAAUAAGGUGGAAAUGGUUUAUGGCCUUCUCUCAAUGUUUUCAUCAAGUGAUCGUGAUGACAUGAGUCGUACUUUAUUGGCUAUGUCUUCAUCUCCUGAUUCCUGCGUAGCCAUGAGGCAAUCUGGUUGUUUACCACUUCUCAUCCAGUUACUUCAUGGUGGAGAUGGUGAUAUAGCUCCGACGAGGGAAACUCGCCUGAGAGCAGCGCAGGCACUUCACAACAUUGUUCAUUCCCAUCCUGACGACAAACGAGGAAGAAGAGAGGCUAGAGUUCUUAGGCUGUUGGAACAAAUUCGUGAUUACUCGGAUUACUUGUAUGAAAGAUUAGAAAGGACCAGUGCUGGCAGGGGUCCUUUAUUGGAGGAUGACAUGGACCGACAUCCCUGUCCGGCCAUGGCUGCGUUGAUGAAGCUCUCCUUUGAUGAGGAUCAUCGCCAUGCCAUGUGUUCCUUAGGAGGACUACAUGCCAUUGCUGAGCUCAUAAGACGUGAUCAUGAUGGGCACGGCUCCACGACCUCAGACCAGUACUGCAUUACUCUGAGGAGGUAUGCUGGUAUGGCUCUCACAAAUCUCACCUUUGGGGAUGGUACUAAUAAGGCCCUUCUCUGUUCAUUCCGGUCAUUUAUGAGAGCAUUGGUUUCCCAGCUUCAUUCCCCAAGUGAAGAUCUAAGACAGGUAACCGCAAGUGUACUUCGCAAUCUCUCCUGGAGAGCUGAUGGAGGAAGCAAAGCAAGCUUACGUGAUGUUGGCGCUGUUGCCAUCUUGAUGCAGGCUGCCCUAUCAGCUCGCAAAGAGUCGACUCUAAAAGUGAUACUCUCGGCAGUAUGGAAUCUCUCAGCACAUUGUAGCAUUAAUAAGGCUGAAAUAUGUGCUGUGGAUGGGGCCUUGGCAUUCAUUUGCAGUACUUUAACUUACAAGUCACAGUCCAAAACCCUCGCUAUUGUUGAAAAUGGCGGUGGAAUACUCAGGAAUAUAUCUAGUCACAUUGCUGUCAGAGAGGAUCUCAGACAGGUGCUUAGGGAUCACAGCACAUUAAGUACAUUACUAGGUCAGCUUAGGUCUCCAAGUUUAACAGUUGUCAGUAAUGCUUGCGGUACUUUGUGGAACCUCUCGGCCAGGUGUAGUCAAGACCAAAGGGAAUUAUGGGAAUUGGGAGCUGUACCCAUGUUACGAUCACUGAUAAACUCCAAACACAAAAUGAUUUCAAUGGGAUCCAGUGCAGCACUCAAAAACUUACUGCAAGCCCGACCGGAAGGCAUGUCUUUGACAGAUCCAAGGCAAGGAAUGGGAUUACCAUCUCUUCAAGCCCGAAAACAAAAAGCUUUGGAACAAGAAUUAGACCCAUCGUUAUCUGAAACUUGUGAUAAUAUAGAAACUUCCCCAAGGUCAUCCCCAACUCAUCCUCAGGGUAAUGAUCCCCAUUUUUAUGGGCAGCCUGGUGAUAGCUCACAGUAUUAUCCUGGUGCUCGACCCAUGUUUCAUUCUUUGGGAGCACAGUAUAAUAAUGUUCUAAGGUCAGAGAGUCGUGAUUCCAUAUCAUCAACGCACUCAGAUAAUUCACACGACCGGAUGAGACAGUUGCUAAUGCGUCAUCAAAAUGGUCGGGACAGUAUUGGAGAAAGUGGCAGGCCCCUAGAUUUGUCUCUGCGAUCAAUGGCCCCUCCUUCACAUUGUGUUCCAGACAUUGCUCACAUGAGUCAUGAUGAAUUACAGAGACAUCUGGAUUCCAAUGAAUUUAAUGGAAGUGUAGAUGAAAUUUUUGCUACUCGUAUGAGAAAUUUAAAGGAGUAUAGUCGGCAAGCAAGUGAAUCUGUACCAUUUACAGAAAACAAUAUGAGUAAUGGCACCAACAAUUCUCGAACUGGAACAUUCCAUAGCCAGGGUCCACAACCUCCCUACAGCCCUUCUGUAUCUCGUAGACGGACUUCCAACUCUGGUGAAGAGGAUAGAACUUCUUCUGUAAGUAGAAAUUUUUCUAAUGGACAGCAGCAACCGCAUAAUGAAGCUCAUUAUAAUAUCUAUAGUAAAUAUGUGAAUUACAGUCGCAAUUUGGCUGAGGUAGACAUAGAAAAUGAUGUUCAAGAAGAACCAGUCAGUUUUAGCCAUAAAUAUAGCUCUUCAAAUACAUUAGAUAACCUUUCUAAUGAAUCAAUGGCUAACAUGACACAGAGCACGGAGAGACCAGUGCCUCAGAUUGACAACUUUGUGCACGAGAGAAGAGAUGCAAGGAAAAUUGAGACUCGUGCUGAGCCUGAGCGUGAUCCAGAAACCUACACUGACCUUGAUCAACCUACAAAUUUUAGUCUUAGGUAUUCUGAGGAACGCGAUAGCGAUGAAGCAGCCUUGUACCGGCGCCCUCCCAAGCCAGCUCAGGAUCCCUCCUCCCAGUUCUUUGAAUCUUCAGUUCAUGAUGACUCUGUCAAGACAUACUGCACAGAAGGUACUCCAUAUGAAACGCCCUACAACUUCUCCACUGCAACAUCUAUGACUGAUCUUCGAGAAAGUGCCAUCAAAGAAGAAGUCAAGAAAGAGGAGGCCUCAACACCUGCUAAGAAAGAUGAGAAGAAAGAGCAGGAUAUGAAAGUUGAGAACAUUGAGAAUGGAGAGAAUGAUGAUGAUGUUAGAGACACCUUGGAGCCUUUACCAACUGGUAUUCCAAUCAAGAGUGGCUUAAGCUCUGGUAUGAUGACACCCGAUAAGCCUAUUACAUAUUGUGUGGAAGGAACCCCUGUCUGUCUAUCCCGAUUUUCCUCAGUUUCAUCAUUAACAAGUGGAGAGAUAAAUGCUAACAAUGACAGGGAUGGCAUAAUGGGAGAGUUGUCAGAAGAUGGAGAGUCGAAAGAUCAAGUAGUGGCAAAGAUAGAAAGUGAAAAAGCACGACAAACAGACAGAUUGCAGACUGAAGGAGGAGAACAGCAGCAAGAUGGAAGUCAUACACCAUCUCUGCAGCAGUUAGAUAGACCUGAAGGCAAAAGUGUACACUACGAGGAAACCCCUUUAAUGUUUUCUCGAGCUACAUCAGUAUCAUCUUUGAGCAGUUUUGAAGUGCAGUCCAUUCAAGAUGACCGUAGUUCUGUUGUUUCUGAUUUUAGCCGAUUUACAAGCGGUGCCAUAUCACCAAGUGACCUUCCAGACUCUCCUACACACACACUUCCUCCUAGUCCCAAGCGAUCUCGACCUCCUUCACAGCCUUUCAAGCAGCCACCAGCUCCAAGUGCAAGAGCCAGUACAGGUGUGUUCAAUGAGGCUCCUAGAGCUUGGGUGGAAGAGGGAACACCAAUUGAAUACUCACGUGCUACAUCAUUGUCUUCUCUCACAAUUGACGAUGACUUGCCCAUUGUUGGGGAUGGCAUUCCUAGGGAUCGUCUGCGUGGUGAUGGGAAAGACAGCAGUGAGACCAAUACAAGCGAUGCCUCCCGUACCACCUCCAGGGGUUCUCAUUCUGAUAGACAUAUACCACGCACUCAUCCAAAGGAGCACCAAGACUUAGAUUCCUGCAAACAAGAAUCUGAGAGGGCUGAGGACAAGAACCUUAAUGAGUCAUCUGAACAUUCUGACUCGGACAUCCUCGCAGAAUGCAUUAGUUCCGGCAUGCCAGAUAAUUCAAGGCGUAACAAGCAGCAGUACAGUGGGCGGGCACCUACGCGAAUUAGCCAGCCAGCCAGCAAUCGUGCCAGGGGCUCCGGCAUCCCGGUGGUCAAACCGGCAUCCAACCUGCCCACCCAGAUCCCCAGUGGCCCCGUCCACAAUCAUGCCCACCAGGGCAUUUGUGGCGGGGUUUGGGGGGGAGACACCCUCCGAACUUACUGCACGGAGGACACCCCCGCCAUCUCACACGCAGCAUCAAUCUCUGAUCUCUCGGCGCUGUCCAUCCCCGGAGAGGAAUCAUCCACUUCAUCGUCAAACAAGGCCCACGGAUUGCGGCCGAGCCUAAAUGACUCGGGAGACAAUUCUUCCGACAAUGAUAACUUGCUGGAGCAAUGCAUUCAGUCUGGCAUGCCCAAGGCCCGCCCUGCUCCUAAGAAGGAGGUGAAACAUCAUGGAACAGGACAUCUUUGCAGCCAUUCUUCUCAGCCACCUGUACUUGCUUCCCCAAGGCGCUCUCCCCACCAUCGUCCGGUUCCUGUGGCACGGGUCACUCCAGCUGUCAAAGUUGGUGGGACACGUAUUUCACCACGUCCAUCUACAGUUGAAGAUGUUCAGGACCAAGUGUGUACAUGGGCAACUGAAGGCACACCUGCUACAUUUUCUCGCACAGAUUCCUUAUCUUCCCUCAGUUGUGAAGAUGAAGCAAAUAGAACAAGUCCUCGGCAUCAGUCUCCACAUUCUGGUACACCACUGUCACCCCAGCGUCAGUCUCGAUCACCAAGAGCAAGGACUCCACAGUCUCUUCGCAUUCGAGGUUCACGUCAACCUCAGAUACAGCAACAAGGUGAAGAGGGCACUGAUGGAGAUGAGGAAGUGCCUCGUCACUUUGCCGUAGAAGGUACUCCAGGAGUUAUCUCUCGUCACUCAUCAUUGAGUUCGCUGGAGGGUGGAGAUGAUGGUCAUAUGAUACAGACUGCAAAUGCCCCUCAAGCUGGCAGUGUUCGAAACUAUGGAGUAGAAGAUACUCCAGUUUGUUUCUCACGUAAUUCAUCUUUAAGCUCUCUGUCAGUUGAUUCAUAUGGAGAAGAAACAACACCAACUGAGCAGGCAUUACUCCAGCAGUGUAUUAGCCAGGGAAUGCCUAAAAGUAAAUCAGACCUAGAAGGUAGACGUCGACGCCGAGGAGGCUCUCGCAUACCUGCUCCAGCUUCUAGGUCACCAGCUCGUCUUGUUCCUGGUGUUCCCAUGCAAAGGCUUACAUUAUGUAGAGAUCAACCUUCUGCCCAGCCAAAAAACGUGGGAGCGAUGACGGUAGCUGUAGACGAUGUGGAAGCAGACGCCGUCAUGCCCAUUCCAGACGCAGAGAGCUCAAAGUUGCACAGCGACUCCAAACAAAACGAGAAGAAUGAAUUAGCACAUGCCCAUAUUGAAGAAGAUGAAGAUGAGGUCAGAGAAACUGAGGAUGAUGAAAGUGCUGACCACACUGAAGCUGAUUCUGAAAGAACUGCUACAACUGCAGAAAUCUGUGAUCCUAGAAGUGACGUUACUAGUGAAGGAAGUGGUGCUACAGUUGUAACUCCUCCAAUAGGUGAGAAGUUGCACGAGGAUGAAAUUGAACCACCUAUUGCAGAAUCAGGUGAGGGCCUUGGUUCAUCCCCAGAAGAAAAACAUUCUUGGGUGGAACCCAGGCGCUCAUCUGAUAAAUCAUCACCUUCCGAAGGACGAGGUUCGGAUACUUCUGUAACAGCCUCAAUGUCAGAAUCUGGUUUGUUAGCUAUAGAAGCAAUGAAAGUAGCAAGGGCUGUUGCUGGUGAAGCUAAGCUCCUCAGUAGUGAUGAAGUUUCUCAUAUGUCACAAAGUAUUGCUAGUCAGGCAUCUGAUGCUUAUAUAGAGAACAUAAAACCACCUUCAGCAAUGGGAAGUCUAGCCUCGAUGUCAAAUAGUCUCACAAGUAGUGCUGAAGACAGAGGAAAUAAAAUAGCAAAUAAACGACUAGAGUGCCGCCACACUCGUCGCUUACCCGAAAUGGUACGACGUGCUCUUGGGGAACAGGACUAUGGAUCAACUGAGAAUAUGGCUAGCAUGGCCAGUUCUUGCCAUUCAAAUGUAGAUAAUAUUCCUCCUCCUUCAAUGUUAGAUGAUGAUAUGGAAAAUUCCAUGAUAAGUGUAGCAUCAAUAACGUCAGAAGUAGCUGAACAGAGAGAAUCUCCUCCUUCACCACCUGUUGAUCAUACUGCAAUGGUUAGUGCUCCAGCAAAGCAAUUAGCUGCUGUUUUCCAACUAGAAGCUAUGAAUGCUGCUUCUACAGUAACUUUGACAGGUGGAGAUGAAGCAUCAACAUAUCAAGAAAUUACUGACAUAACAGAGCACGAAGAUACUGUUGGACCUACAAGUGAUACUGAAUUAGGUGCUGAUGACCUGCCAGCUGAUAUUCCUGAUUUGCCACAGGAUGGUUUUUCGUCACCUGCAUGUGGAUCAGCUCACUCAUCACCUCACAGGUUAGGUACUCCCCGCUCACGAAGACGCUUACCCAAGGAUCGAUUCCGUACUUUUACCAGAGGGGAUGGUAAUGUUUCAUCUGAUGCCACCCCUUCACAAGAAACAGAUCCCACUUUAGUAGAAGGCUUGCCACCAUCACCAUUAUUGAACAGAACCCCAAGACAGAGACGUCAAGAUGAUGCUGAUAGAUUUAGAACCCGCACAAUAUCUUCAGAUGGAAGUUGUCAAGACAGUGUGCCAAGCAUCCCCUUCGAUACUGAAGCUACAGUUCCAUCAGACAGGGAUAAAGUGAGUCCCAGAAGAUCACCAAAGGAUCGUCGCUUACAAGAUCCUGAACGUUUUCAGACUCAUGUUAUUGGUGAAUCUUCAGUUGCACCAGAGGAAGACCAAGCUACACCAGCAGCAGUGGCUGCCAAGGUAGAAUCAAAUUCUCCUUCAGCUCAGCCAAAACUUCAGGGAAGACAAUCAUUUAGACAACGUCGACAAGAGGAUAGAGAAAGAUACCAGACUCGCACCAUUGAUGUUCCUUUAGCAGAUAUAACACCAGAACCAGAAAUUGGGGGUGAUGUAGAUAAAACAGGUGAUGGAGCAUUAGUAGAUUUCCAAGAUAGUAAUGAGAUGCUUGAUCUAACAGCAGAGCAAUUAGAGGCCUUGCAGCAAGAUGCAAACAUUGUGAUUUGCACACUUAAUGAAACUCGGGAAGCAAUGACCAGUGAAUCAUCAGAUCUCUUAAGUGAGGAAAAUAUUUUAGAUAUAGAAACACUGAGUCUUAUAUCCAAUGAAGAUGAAUCUGAAAUGAAAAAUUUUCUGCAGGACUUUGAUGAAGACCCACCUGACAAAGAGGAGGAUGGCAAUGAUGAAGAGGAGGAGGAGGAGGAGGAGGAGGAAGAGGAACAGAAACCAGUCUUGCGCCGUCCUCGUAUUGUAAAACCAGGCGAGGAAAGUGUACGACCUCAGGAGGAGGAGGAACAACAAGGAAAAGGUAUUAGAGGGCGAAGAAAACCUCUUUAUUCUAGUGCUAAAAGAUACAAUGUCUCAGCUGUGAAACCAACUCCUCAAGCAGUAGCAAGCCCAGUAAGAGCUGUCACUGCAAGACCUGUAGCUGUAAGGCCGACAUCAUCAUCUCCAGUAAAACCCUCCUCUCCAAAGUUACCUCGUGCCACCAGAGCGUCGGCUCUGAGACAGACUUCUAAUCUUCAAAAAGGAGGAAGUAGUGGGGAAGACAGUCCUACUGGCAGAGCAACAAAUUCGUCAGCUGGCAGCAGUGCUGGAUCUAGCCCACGUCUUGGUCCUGGUGCACGAAUGACUACCACUCGACCAGCUCGCUCAAAGUCACUGGCACGGCCUGCUCCUGAUUCACCAAAACCAUUACGUCGUCAAAAUACAUUUACUAAAGAUGAUAGUGAUAAUCCACCUAGUCCAGAACGUAAUAUUCCCAUUGAUCCAAAAAGAGCCAUAGCCCCAACUCGUGCACUUUCCAAACCAAGAUUAAGAAGAGAUAUUGUACAGCCAAGUCCUGCAGUUACCUUACCUGUGAAUCGAGGAGGUUUACCGAAGAGUGGUAGCCAAGAUUUAAGUCCAGUGAAAGGUCGUCCUCCGCAAGGUAAAUCAGCAAGUUUAACUCGUGAUGCUCGACCUCCAACUUCAGGGGAUGUUGCUCAGUGGCAACAAGAUCAACCUAAGAAGACUAAUGUGAAGAAGGAAGUCACUAGUCGAAUAGCUAAUUUGUGGAAAAAAGUUGAACGUGCACAGAAUAAGCCUAAAGAUGAAAAGGAUACUAGAGUUUGGAUAUCACGUCCCAAGUCUGCUGCCAAAGAAACAUCACCUCGACCCUUGGUUCGUAGUUCUACUUAUGAAAAAUUGCCUAAUUAUGGGGGUAAUAGUGCUAGUGGAGGAGAAGCUACCAAGGGUCGUACUCGCUUAGGUCUAAAGUUAGCAAAACUUAGAGGACGGGACACACGCUCUUCACCUCCUUCAGAAGCUACCACUCCUGUUGAUUCCCGUCCCCAUUGCCUAGUAAGCCCAACACGCAUGAGAACUCAAGAAUCGCAUGGUCGUUCUUCCGAUACUGUACAGCUUCGACAGCGACCUGCUACUCAUCCUCCUGGUACACAUGUUAGCUCAGCAGAAGAAGAUGGGGAGGCCAAAGCAAAACGACUAUCUAGAUUAGGCUCCUUUAUUGUUGUAGAGGAGGAUGGACGAGUCAAAUCUCCCCCUCAGUCUGCUAUUGUUCCUCCUUUCAAUUAUCAGCCACCAGUUGCAGCUAAACGGUCAGCAAUUGCAACGCGCAUACCUCAGCCUUCCAAACCUUUACUUUCCAAUGCUCCUUGUGGACGGGAUGAUAAUGGAAAUGCUCCAGAUGCUGCAGUAGUGACUGGAGCGUGGCGACCCUGACCCAGUCCCCCGCGCCAUACAGAUCAUGCCCAGGAGCCCCAAAUAGAAGUGGGGCGCGGGGGAAGUGGGCAUCAAAAACAUUGGGCAAGAGAGCCCCUGUGAUCAAUAUUUGUGUUUAAAUAUGAAACUCAAAGCUAUAUAAAUAAAUAAUGUAGAAAAAACAUUUAAAAGGUGGUAACUGGUGCCUAUUGGUGUACAGUACAGUAUAAUUACCAGUACUGCCUUGAUUCCUUAAUAAGGUGUCCUUGGUGGGGCCAGGCUUCACCCAUUAUGCCACCUAUAUAUCCAGGGCUGUGGGCUGCUCUUAUUUUGUAUAUAGGAUUUCUUAAUUAUUUUAGUCAGUUUCUACAUUUAGGAUCUUGUGUAUAGAAGAUUUAUUUUUACUUUACUCAAUAUUUUAUUGCAUUUAAUUGCAUUUGAAGUCUUUUUUUUCCUGCAUUAUGAGAUACUGUAUUUGUUCAUUAUUAGAACAGCUCACAGUCCUGAAGUGCUUUAUUAAGUCAGUGCUCUUUAUGAGCAUUAAAGGAGAAUGGCUCUUAGCUAGUACCUAGCUAAAGCUCAUAAUUUGAUUGAAGCCUCCUCACCCCCAUUCCAUCACUGGUCUACAAUAGAAAUGUAUGUGAUGGCUCAAUUGGGAUAGCUUUAUUAGAAUUAAAUUGCAUUUAUGUUCAUUUUCCCCUGGUUUUAUGUUUUAAUAAAUUAUUUAUUCUUUGUCAUGAAUUUACCUGCUUUCCACCCUUCAACUACAAAGGAUGUGUCACUUUUUUCAGAUUAAAAAUUCUUAUACCCUAUUUAGUGAUAUAAUAUAGGUGUAGCUUGUUUUCUAAAGUGCUGUUAACAUUUACAGUAUACUGUAAUGUUCAUACAAGCAUAUACAAAGUUAUAUUUCUCCCCAGAUUAUUAGAGCUUGAAUCAUUGAUCUUUUGCAGACCUUUCACGUUCAAAGUUGGUACAAAGGCUUCAGAAUUUCAUUCCUUCUUGCUGUAGCUCAGUGCUUGAUCAAGAAUAAUUUUAGAUGCAGCUGACUGACAUUGCUUGUGACCUCUCAGAACAAGUCCGAUGUCUUUUUCUAAAUUUUAAAACACAACCGAUUUGAACAAGUAUUUUGUUUUAGAUGACUUACAGCAGUAAAUGCAGUAUUAUAAAACAAAUUAAAGUUUACUGCACAGUACAGUUGUUGUUUUACAAAAUUAUACUAUUAUGUAGUGGUCAAGAAAUAAAUAUUUUAUAAUCUUGUAUUCUGGGGAGGUUAAUAUUUGCUACUAAUAUGUCAGGGUCAUCUAGAGACAUUACUCCAGAUCUGACUUCUGCUUAAGUGUAGCAUUACUGGUUUUAGUGUCAUGGAACUGUAGUCAACAGGGUUUCCAGCUAAGAUAUUUUUUUUACUAAAGUUCAAGUUAUUAUUUGUUAAAUUUAACUUUCUGGAAAUACAAAAUGUGUAGCAAACUUAUUUUCCUCAACGAACUCUGUCUCUUGCAUGGUGGUCUUAUUCUGUAAGUAUUGUUAACAAGUAUUUAUUUUUCUGAAUAGAAAUAAGUAAUGUCAUAUUGUAUUCAUGGUGGAGGUGCACCCAUUAUUUCUUUCAUUGGAAACCCUGUGCAUGACGGCUUUUACAGCUUUAAUGUUAUGUCCUGAAACUAUUUAUUUUAAUACUUAUGUAUUUCUUCAGAGCUACAGCAGGUUACAUGUCAGUACAGUAUCAUUCUGAAUUAAGUAUUCAUCAAUGGCUUCAUGAGAUGUACACUAUAUUGUCUUACGCAGUCAGGUUUAUAAUAAUGGUAUUUUCUCACUAAAUGUUAGUUAUUUUGAUGAUUUUUAAGGAUUUUUUUUAACUAUUCAGUGGAAAUUAAACAUGGAACAAUUUGUGAAUGAUUUUAAGUCACAGUUACUUGGAAAAUAUAUUGUCUCCUCAUAAUUCCCUUGUUUGUGUGAUGUGGUUUGUAAGAAAUGGAAAAUCAUACUUUUGUUGCAGUGUCUAAUGAAUGUAUCAUUUUAUAUACUGUAUUGUGUGUUGCUUAUAGAACUUCGUCAAAAUUUCCUAUUUUGCCAUGACAAGUGGGUUUUACAUGGUGUGGUGUCUGUCUGGGUUUUGUAGUGGUGGUGGUAGUGGUGGGGAGGUUUGAAGAGGCAGUUCUUUGGAUGCUGGAUACAGUGAACUCAAUCUCUUUCUUGUCCCUGUAUGCAUUAUCCAAUUCUUCCUCAUAUAAUUUACUAUAGUAUUAUAAUUAAAUACUUGUAUGUAUA